AUGUCUCAUGUCGGUACUUCCAACGACCCUGCGGCUUCCGUAGCGGCCUCCCGAUCAGAUGGAAAGGUCCACCUUCUACUGGCCUGCAGCGGCUCGGUAGCGACCAUCAAACUGCCCAACAUCAUCCAGGCCCUUGGACACCAUAGGAACCUUUCAAUACGAGUCAUCCUCACAGCCUCUGCAACCGAGUUCCUGAAUGGCUCGACAGCAGAACAACCCUCCCUCGCUGCCAUUCGAGCGCUGCCAAACGUCGAAGCUCUGCACCUUGACGCGGACGAGUGGGUGCAACCAUGGCGCCGCGGGGCGUCGAUCCUGCAUAUUGAGCUGCGACGGUGGGCGGAUCUAAUGCUCGUUGCACCGCUGUCAGCAAACACACUGGCCAAGGUCGUCAACGGUUUCUCGGACAACCUUCUGACUAGCGUUAUCCGCGCAUGGGACCCCGAGGGACUCAUCGACGGAAGAAAGAAGAAGAUCCUGGUGGCGACCGCCAUGAACUCGGCUAUGUACGCACAUCCAAUCACCGCGAAGCAGGUCAAGGUUCUGGAGGAAGAGUGGUCCUGGUUCGAGGUGUUGAAGCCCAUAGAGAAGACACUCGCAUGUGGCGAUACUGGGAGUGGGGCAAUGAUGUCCUGGGAGGAUAUUGUCAAGAUUACGGAAGAGAGGUUGGGACUCGGGGCUGGUGUUUAG